CAGAGCGCGGGCGCGCCCCUAGCCGGGCCGCGCCUCCCUCGCUGAGCGCCGCGGCGCAGCCCGGGCACCGCCGAGCGUGGCCCCUCCGCGCUGCUCGCAAGGAGGUUAAAGAAACCAAGGAAAUGAAGUGUCAGGCUCUGCAUUGACGUCACAAUGACACGGUGAAGCCGAGGACAGGAGCUGGGAACAGUUCUUCUGCUUCACUUUUGAUCAUUGAGUGAGUUUGCCGCCGCUCCGUUUGUUCCAGCAUGGCUAAGAGUGCAGAAGUGAAGUUGGCAAUCUUUGGUCGAGCUGGCGUGGGCAAGUCAGCUCUUGUGGUACGCUUCCUGACCAAAAGGUUCAUCUGGGAGUAUGACCCGACACUAGAGUCUACAUAUCGUCACCAAGCUACCAUUGAUGAUGAAGUGGUUUCCAUGGAGAUACUAGAUACAGCUGGUCAGGAGGAUGCCAUUCAGAAAGAAGGACACGUCCGGUGGGGCGAAGGCUUUGUGCUGGUGUAUGACAUCACGGACAGAGGCAGCUUCGAGGAAGUGCUGCCGCUUAAAAACCUCCUGGAUGAGGUUAAAAAGCCCAAAAACGUCACCCUGAUCCUGGUGGGGAACAAAGCAGACUUGGAUCACUCCCGGCAGGUCAGCACCGAGGAAGGGGAAAAGCUGGCCACGGAACUGGCGUGUGCGUUCUAUGAGUGCUCUGCCUGCACGGGAGAGGGCAACAUCGUGGAGGCCUUCUACGAGCUCUGCCGUGAGGUGCGGCGCAGAAAGAUGGUCCAGGGCAAGACCCGCAGGCGGAGCUCCACCACGCACGUCAAGCAGGCCAUCAAUAAGAUGCUCACCAAAAUCAGCAGCUAAAAACCAAGAACACUGCUAAAAGCCAGAGAAGCAUUUCAGAGCGUAUGAGCUUGGAGUAGGGAUGGGGCAGCCAGAGCGCACUUCAUUAAAAGCGGUCGAAGCUUUGCAAUUAAAACAAAAAGAGAAGAUAAACUGCACCACUUUUUCUGUCACACAGGGCCAGGCUUUUUUUUUCUGUUUCCAAGUGUGUUGAGCCACACUGCUUUUGGCUAAGGUGGAGAAACAAAGGAAGGAAGACAAAGAAAGAGAAGAAAAAUAAGAAAUGAAAAUAGAAAAGAAAGGGAAAGAAAGGGAAAGGAAAAUGAAAAUGAAAGGGGAAAGGAAUGGGAAGGAAAGGAAAGGAAAGGAAAGGAAAGGAAAGGAAAGGAAAGGAAAGGAAAGGAAAGGAAAGGAAAGGAAAGGAAAGGAAAGGAAAGGAAAAAGGGAAAGGAAAAAGGGAAAGGAAAAAGGGAAAGGAAAAAGGGAAAGGAAAAAAAAGAAAGGAAAAAGAAAAGGAAAGGAAAGAAAAAGGAAAAGAGAAAGAAAAAAAAGGAAAGGAAAAGAAGAAAAAAGAAAAGAGAGAAAAGAAAAUAGGAAAAGGAAAGGAAAAAGGGAAGGGAAGGGAAGGGAAGGGAAGGGAAGGGAAGGGAAGGGAAGGGAAGGGAAGGGAAGGGAAGGGAAGGGAAGGGAAGGGAAGGGAAGGGAAGGGAAGGGAAGGGAAGGGAAAGAGAAAAGAAAAGAAAAAAGAAAAGAAAAGAAAAGAAAAGAAAAGAAAAGAAAAGAAAAGAAAAGAAAAGAAAAGAAAAGAAAAGAAAAGAAAAGAAAAGAAAAGAAAAGAAAAGAAAAGAAAAGAAAAGAAAAGAGGAAAGAAAAAAGGAAAGAAGAGAGAAAAGAAAAUAGGAAAGAAGAGAGAAAAGAAAAUAGGAAAAGGAUAAGGAAAGGAACAAAAGAAAGGAAAAGAAAAGAGAAAGGAAAAGAUAAAAGGAAAAGAAAAGAAGAGAGAAAGAAAAAAAGGAAAAGGAAAAGGAAAAGGAAAAGGAAAAGGAAAAGGAAAAGGAAAAGGAAAAGGAAAGGGAAAAGAGAAAAGAAAAGAAAAAAGAAGAGAGAAAAGAAAAAAGGAAAAGGAAAAGGAAAGGAAAGGGAAGGGAAAAGAGAAAAGAAAGGAAGAGAAAAAAUAAAAGAAAAGGAAAUAAAAGAAAAAAGAAAAGAUAAUAAAAGAGAAAAUAGGAAAAGGAAAAGGAAAAAAAAGCAAACUCCAAAGGACUAAAUAAUUGUGGGGAUUGAUACUGACAGAGCAUCUUCUGCUUCUAGCAGGCUGGCUCCAAUCCCCUGCAAGUAAGUAGUGCCUAAACAUAAUUUCUGACCAGCCAGCUGCUUAGCAGCCACUGAAGAGUGAGAUCCAGCCCAUCAGCCACCAUAGGAAUUGGUGUUCUCAAGGGCUGAAUGUGCACAGAGGCUGCUGUGUCGCACCAGAAAGUUCACCUGACACCUUCCACCAGCUCUAAAUGGGUGCAUUGUGUGCUUAUACUCCUAACUCUCCUUCCUUGUUCCUUUUGUCACUCUCUAAGUGCUGAUGUUCUUACCAACAUAUGCAAAAAAAGGCCAGGAAAGCUCUACUCCAUGGAGUGUUCAGCCAGCAAGACACACAUUUCAACAGAGAUGGAGCUCAGCUGCUUUCCCAGAUCCUCUGAGACUGCAGAAUUCAUCACGAGAUGUCUGGUGGCAUUUCAGUGUUUCACCCUCAAAGAGGAUAUGGUCGUGCACGUGGUGGGAAAUCAAGCUAGAAACACAACUGUGCCACUGCUGAUGUAGCUGUGGGUAGGGCUUGGCUUUGGCUUGCAGUUUCUUUUCUUUUUCUUUUAGUCUUAUUUCAAUUCAAGUAGUUCUUCUUACUCAUAUGCAGAAGAACUGAAUCCAUGGGAAGGCAGGUGUAUAAUGUCUAAGCCCAAACUUCCAGCUGUUAAAACUUCCAGGUGUUGCUUGCAACACUCUGUGAUUCGAAUGAGCAAAUCAUAGAACCAAGCAGGUUGCAAGAGACCUCCGAGCUCAUCCAGCCCAACCUAGCACCCAGUCCUGUCCAAUCAUAGAAUCAAGCAGGUUGCAAGAGACCUCUGAGCUCAUCCAGCCCAACCUAGCACCCAGCCCUGUCCAAUCAUAGAAUCAAGCAGGUUGGAAGAGACCUCCGAGCUCAUCCAGCCCAACCUAGCACCCAGCCCUGGCCAAUCAUAGAAUCAUAGAAUCAAGCAGGUUGCAAGAGACCUCUGAGCUCAUCCAGGCCAAUCUAUCAUCCAGCCCUGUCCAAUCAUAGAAUCAAGCAGGUUGCAAGAGACCUCCAAGCUCAUCCAGUCCAACCUAGCACCCAGUCCUGCCCAAUCAUAGAAUCAAGCAGGUUGUAAGGGACUUCCAAGAUCAUUCAGUCCAACCUUUCACCCAGCCCUUUCCAGUCAACCAGACCAUGGCACUAAGUCCCUCAUCCAGUCUCUUCUUGAACACCUCCAGGGACAGUGACUCCACCACCUCCCUGGGCAGCCCAUUCCAAUAGGAAGUUUAGUUGUGACUUCUGCCUGGUGCAUUGAAGUGAAAGUUGUAUCAGAUUUUGGUGCCUGGGAUAAAAGAUGUCCAUUUCUUUUCUCCUCCCUUCUGCACCUUCAUGUGCCUCAUUUAAGUCAGCUGUCUAGUUUUACCUCCUGUGCUCCACAACAUCCCUGGAGGUGUUCAAGACCAGGUUGGAUGAGGCCUUGAGCAAGCUGUUCUAGUGGGAGGUGUCCCUGCCUAUGGAACUGGAUGAUCCUUGAGGUCUCUUCCAACUUAAACCAUUCUAUGACUCUAUAUUGUGAGAGUUGAAAGGAAGGAGAGGUGAAGUUAUAUCCCUGAUACUGUCCAAAAUGAUCCCAUCCACUUGUAUCCUCUUUUCCAACGUCUGUAGGGAGAAAUGACAAAACCUCAUUGAAAGAAAAGGUUCCACUGUGCAAAGGUGACAUAAAAAAACCCCAAACAACCCCUAGUGAAAACAGGAACAUUCCUUUGCAGAGGCUGGAUGUGGAAGCUGCUUAGCACCCGAUGGGAAUGGAGGCUGCUGUUCUGUGACCUCUAUCUUCCCGCACAAACACCUUCACGUUUCACUUCAUUGCUCAUUGAUCUGUCUUCCUUGGCAGAAUGGGCUGCUUAGCAAGCCAGUUUAGAAUGCAGCUUAGGUACUGAUAGAUAGUAGGCUGAAGAUGAGGCAGCAGUGUGCCCAGGUGGCCAAGAGAGUCAGUGGCAUCCUAGGCUGGCUCAGGAGCAGUGGUGGGCAGCAGGACAAGGGAGGUUCUUCUGCCCCUGUGCUCAGCACUGCUCAGGCCACAGCUUGAGUGCUGUGUCCAGUUCUGGGCUCCUCAAAUCAAGAGAGAUGUUGAGGUGCUGGAAGGUGUUGAGAGAAGGGCAGCAAGGCUGGGGAGGGGCCUGGAGCACAGCCCUGUGAGGAGAGGCUGAGGGAGCUGGGGUGUGCAGCCUGCAGAAGAGGAGGCUCAGGGCAGACCUCAUUGCUGCCUGCAGCUACCUGAAGGGAGGCUGUAGCCAGGUGGGGUUGGGCUCUUCUGCCAGGCAAGCAGCAAGAGAAGAAGGGGACACAGUCUCAAGUUGUGCUGGAGGAAGUGUAGGCUGGAUAUUAGGAGGAAGUUGUUGUCAGAGAGAGUGAUUGGCAUUGGAAUGGGCUGCCCAGGGAGGUGAUGGAGUCACCAUCCCUGGCAGUGUUGAAGCAAAGCCUGGAUGAGGCACUUAGGGCCAUGGUCUAUUUGACUGGAUAGGGCUGGGUGCUAGGUUGGACUGGCUGAGCUUGCAGGUCUCUUCCAACCUGCUUGAUUCUCCUCUCUUUUCUCCUCUUCUCUUCUGUCUUCUCUUCUCUUCUCUUCUCUUCUCUUCUCUUCUCUUCUCUUCUCUUCUCUUCUCUUCUCUUCUCUUCUCUUCUCUUCUCUUCUCUUCUCUUCUCUUCUCCAUACACAUUGCCCUGUGUUAAAUGCAAUCCCGUUGCAGCGUGUCGCUGGCUGUGCAGUACAUGCGCCGUGUUUCUACAACAGGCAGCCUGACACACACACACACAAAGAACAGUGCAUUUAAAAGGCCCAAUGCAACAGGAACUCACAUUUGGUAGCCUUUCUAUAGCAGUCAGCAGCAGCUGGAAGUGUGUUUUUUACUGCUGCUGUUUAAAUGUUUGUGAUAAAACCAUUACCUGACCCCCCCACCCCCUUUGGUAAAUCACCCAGACUAGACUCAGCCAAGCUGGAAACUGAAUGAAUGAAGCUUUAUAGUCACAGCUUAGCACAAUAUGCAAGCAGAUAGUUACAAUAGACACAGUUAUAUAAAGAAAUAGACAAGUUAAAAGUGAUAGAGAAACACAACAGCCCUGCCAGAAACCAGAGUCCCCAGGAGGGGCUCCCAACCACCCUUCUGCCUUCUCUCCAACCCCUCUACCUUACCCCAGACUUUGCCUUACCCUUCAAGGUAGCUUGGAGGGUUGGCCAGGGGGGUUAGGAAGCAGAUGGAUUAGUCACACAGACAACAGGUUAGGCUAGAGAAGUGCAGCCCAAAAAGACCAGAGAGCAACUCUGUGUUCUUAUUCUUAUCCAUCUCAGCAAGCCUAGGAGUGAAGUAGCCAUCACCACUGUUUCAAGUAGCCAUCUCCAUUGUUUCCUUUUCACAGCCUGUAACAUAAUUCUUCUCACCAAAACAUUCCAGCCAGCUCCAAACUAGCUCAGUGUUCAUACAUGACAGCAGCAUUAAAAUCCUCCCCUCUGGCCACUGUCUUCUCUGCAGAGAGAGGAUGGGAAGGGGGGAGCGAAGGUGAAAUGGAUGCUUGUUACCUACAACAACCUGAGUGCCACUGCUGAAGUGUUAAACCACUUCUCUUCGAUUGAUGAAGAGUUAGUUGUGCCCACGCUGCAGGACCUGGAUCAGGAACCAAAAUGUCCCUAGAACUUUGAGACUCUUCACGUCUGGGAGGGUUGGGUGCAGCCAUGGAUGAAAGCGAGGCUCAGCCACUGGGCUUGCACCUGGGUCCAGACAAGUUGUCCCCUAGAGCUGGGGAUAGUUGCACCUGGCAGCUUGCUACAAGGCUAGUUGAUUUAUACAUAUAUAUAUAUAUAUAUAUAUGAUGACCUGUAUGCAUUUUUACAUGAAAAAAAGAUGAAAGCUUGUGCUUGUAGAUAAUAUAUAAGGAAAAAAAACAGGAAUAAAGACAAAAAGUGCUCUCUAUA